UCGCAUCCAGUAUGUCUCCCUCUACUGACAGUGUCAAAUGCAAUUUACGCGGAAACUAGGAGAGUAGUCAGCACUGCACUUUUUGAGAAUAAAGGAAGAAAAGUGAUUCUCAAAGACGAAAGAACCGUGAGACUGAGAGAUCAUGGAGUUGAGUACUGCCGUAUCAGAUUUUAUUCUGUGCGUUUCUUCGUUUGGGACGGCCGUGUCAAUUCUUCCCAUCACUUCUCUCGGAGCGUUUGGUUUCCUCAUCAUGUCCGUAGCAGCUGGAUUUGGAACCGCUCGCUUCUCCAUGUCUGCCCCUAGUCAACACAUUGUCUCCUGCCAUGCUUCCAUGAGCUGGCUAGCAGGAACAUUAGGUAUCGCGCUCAUGGCUGCAGGGUUCUACCGUAAAUAUGGCUCUCGUAUCCUAGCAACGGUGCAUGUUGGUGUACCCGCUGCAUACACCAUCCUUAAAUUUAUAAUCGCUUUCAACGCUGUGAUAGAUACUGCCCUCACUACGUUCAUCAGCUCAUCGGCUGUCCUCUCGAUCGGAAUCUACAGCCUUAUACAGAGGAAUCCUUUUGGCAUGAUGGGAGCGUUUUGUUUCAUGAUGGCUGCUGCCGUGGGAACCAACGGGGAACUGUUUGGCAUCAAACGAGUUGACUGGUUUCAUUAUCUACUGGCGUUUAGUGGUGUGGUGUUGAUGAGGGCGUUUCACUUUGAGCUUCCUGUCGAGAAAGAGAAAACAUCAUGAGAACAAUGAAUCCUAGCUAGUUUAAAUUUGUAGUCGUAUGCCAAUUCCGUAUUCCAUGAUAUUUCCAUCAAUCAGGGAAACGCUUAUUUUAAAAAUCAUUAAAACAUUUUGUCUAGACAUGAUCAUGUCAAAUGUCAAGUUUGUAUAAGUUUUCUUAUCCAACAUUCUUUUCUUUUAUUUUGCCUUCCUGUAGAUAAACAUUAUAAGGGAAUGUUAUUGUAGCACAUCUGAAAGAUUGUUACUUUUGAAGUUUUGAGUUCGAGGAUAUUUUAAGCUGGAAUAAAUUCUCUAUUUUGCCAAAGCUUAUUCUAGUCUUGUUAAUGCAGAAAGCCUGGAGCUUCAGAUUUUCUAUAAUGUCAGAGUCACAAUGUCACAAUCCAUUCAAUCAUUUGAAAACUGGAUGGACAUGUUGAAUGAUGAUUCCCUUCCUAAAUGUUUUGCACCUUUAAAGGUUUUUCAUUAUUUUGUGAAUUGUGAGCAUAUCAUCUUGCUUUCUUGUGUUCCAUAAUAUUAAGAUGGCAUUCAUCCUUGUGUUGAAAUAUGACAUAUCUUGCAAAAAUUGAAAUAAGUAGAAAAUUGCCGUUUAAAAGAAAUCUUUGUAAAUAUACAUGUAUACUUGGGCAGAUAAUUUGUAAACAAACAAAAAAGGGAAAAAAGAGUAGUUAUUCAACUUACUAACCAUAUGUCAUAUUUGUUUGAAAUUCUUUGUUUUUAUAAAUUCUAAAAAUUAUGAACUACAUAUGUCAGACAUUUCAUUUUAACUAUUUAUCUACAGUAUGUAAGGUAUAUACUAAUAGGCCCUAGGCUGUUUAAUUUUGUAAGUUUAGUUUCUGUUUGUGGUUUGUGUUGGUUAAUUGAUUCCGAAAUCUGAAAUGUCUGAUACAAAUAAGAGAAUCAGUAAACAUUGUUUGGCUUCUAAUUUAUUCUUAUAUCAGAAUCAACCUAUUGAGAAUGAUGAUCAUGGAAUGAAAAAAAUUGAAUAUUUAUUAUUUCACGACAUUAUUAUGAAUACAGUCUUUUCUUUGAAUGUCUUAUAAAUGAAUUGAACCAAGCUAACACUUACUUCUUGAUGAUGCUUCAUCGUGAAAAAUUGCCUGUGAUAAUUCAGAUUGUUGCAUGCUAUUGCUAAUCAUGAUUUCAGUUUGAAUUUAUGCAUUCAUUAAGCAAUUAUGUGACUGAUGGGUAUGUGGUGCACUGAACAAGCAAAGCAAAUUUGAUGUGAGCAAUUUAAUAGUGUGACCAAAACACAUGGUGCUGUCACUGCUGUGACAGGUUUGAUGUGAAGUUCUGCCCUCUAUAGGAUUUAAUGUGAAGAUGAUUUUUGUCUUUGAAUGUCAUUAUCAUGACUGUCAGAAGAUGGCCGUGUGAGGCUCUCCAAGCUUGAUUUGUCUCUUUAGCUCAAAAACGUCAUACAACGGAAUAAGUCCCUUGCAUGUGAUAUUCUGAGAAAUCAUGAAUAUCUUUUUUGCAAUAUGGCAUGAAAGUAUAUUAUGGAUGUUCUAGGUUGCAAGUGUUAGCACAAAAUUAGCAAUAACUUUCUGAUUUUUAAAGUACACAUACGUACAGAAGUGUAGAAUAGAUCACUGUGAAAUAUAUUUAUAUGGUUUCCAAGGCAGUGGAAUGAUGUAUAUCAUUUGAAACAUUGUAUAUAAAAUGUAUGCUUACAUUUAUUAUAGUGCAAAUUAAUGUGAUCCUUUGAAUACAUUUAAUGCAGUGAGUUUAUGUGCUAUUAAUCCAAGAACUUUUACUUGCUCAAAAGUUUGUGAAUUCCAUGAGUAGCUGAAAUUGUCUUGCCCUGGAAAAUGACUGUUAUUAACAAUGCACAAAAACUCUCAUGUUGUGAAAGUUCUUGUUUUGUCAUUGAAAGAAAAGCCCACAGAUUUGGAACCAAUACAUGAUCGAUAAUUGUUGGUGUCAUGUAUUCAAAUAUCACCUCCAGAACUAGGCACAAAGAUGGCAGGGUAUAGAAAUCACCAUAACAUGGCGUGGUGAGAAUAUAAAUAGAGAAAAAUACAUUACCGCCUUUUUCUGUGCUGUAAGCAUUAAUUUGUAGCAUGUCAAACAGGGUAUACUAUACCUCAAUAUGUUUGCCUCCAUUAUUUCUUGUUGAACCCUUUCUUUACUAUCAUUUUGAUGACCAUUAUUUUUUACUUUUUCCUCAUGCUUUAUAUGUCAUUAUUGAUCAUUCAAGUGUAAUAUAUUGUGUCUGCUAAUGCUUUAUUUUCUUGUUAAAAUAGGCAUAAGAUGUCUUCGAUGGGAAUAUAUAUGACACCAUGAAGGUACAUGUUUCUGUUACAGGGAGAAUAAUGAAGGCAUUAGUGCAAACACACCAUUCAUAAUUUAAAAUCUUUAGCAGGACUUGACACCAUGGCAUAAAAGAGGUUAGGAUCUACCGGUGUUAGGUCACUUCAUAUCAGAAAAGAAAUAAAGAAUACAAAAGCUAAAAUUGUUAAAAUCCACUUAAAAAAGAGACUACAACAACUCUGGAUAGUUUCCCUUACCUCAAUAUAUGUAUGAUAUAUGCCCGCGUUUUACCCGACUGCUUAAUGCUUUAGAUGACCAGUUCAUAGAAGUUGGGAAGGAUUAUAGAAAUUGUGAAAUUCAAAGAAAGAAAUAGUGUAUGCCAGUUACAGUUUCAUUUUUUUCUUCCAAUUUGUAUUCAAUUGUUCACAUCACCAGUACUCUUGUAUAAAUUGUGUUCCAUAUUUUCCUAUAUAUUUUGUUGCGAGUGAUGAUUGUUUUUUUUUGUUGUCACAAUAUGUGUAAUGUGAUGUAUCUUUAUAUGAAUGAUUUUAAUUGAAAGUCAAACCUUUCAAGUCUUAUCAGUGAUUAAGCUUCGCACUACAUUCAAUUUUUUUUGAUUUGUUAUAACCUGUGUUUGUUUAAUUGUAAUUUAAUCACCCACCACAUACAUGCAGGAUUAAUACAUGACUCAUGAUAUAUAAUACAACCUUGGGUCACAAAAUUUUGUAGAAAAAUUAAAACAAAAAAAAUAUUUCAGUACUUAGAA